AAGCCCACGAGUUUAUUGUCUAGCAAUUGGACAUUUAGUUUCGGUGAAUCUAUUCAAAAUUAGCAACAGUUUCUAGGAGAGUGAGCUAAAAUGGCUGAUGUGCACGAGCUUAUAGUGACGUGCAUUAUAUUUCUCUACCAGAUCUUCCUGGUUUUUCGCUCCAUAAAUCCGCUGAAGAAGGACGCCCUGCUGCUCAUCAUGCACAACUUUAUGCUGUACUAUGUGAUCAACAUGUUCAAGCACCUAGCUCAGGCUUCGAUUAACUCCGAUGGACCGGUGAACACCUUCUACUAUGUCCCCCUGGUCUUUGAAGAAAACGUGGCCUCGGGAUCCCAUCAGAGUUGGCACGAGGUCCUCAGGUCAUCCAGCUGGCAGUUCUUUGAGGUCCUGUUCAGGCACCACCUGGCCCUGCUGUUGCCGUUUAAUUUGGCUCUCCUGGUGCCCCGCUGCAAGUUGGCCUUCAUUAGCACCCUGGUGCUGGUGUCCAACUUCGUGAUGUUCGUCUGCUUCUCCUCGGCCAUCUGUCAGCUGGUCCUGGACAGCAGCCACGCCCACGGCCUGCGCCUCCUCGGGAUCCUGUGUGUGGGCCCCGUGUGCCAGGGCCUGCUGGUGUGCCGCCUCCUGGCCCGAGUGUGGGUGAGUCCCCGGGGCCAGGGAACCCUGGGAGUGGCCAACCCUUUCUUUAACCUGGCCAUCUUCCUUUAGCUCGGCCAGUGGAUCGUUGUUUGAGGCAUGAAAUUUGAUUUGCCGGCACUGAUUGCUGGCCAAAACGCCAAAGCCAAAGCCAUAGCCACACCGACAGCCCCAGCCCCAGCCCCAGCCCCAGCCCCAGAAGUUUAGCAACAGCAAAUCAAAGCAAUAAACCAACUGAACCCAUCCGAAAA